CGUCGUUAAACAAAAAGAAGAGGAAGAAGACAGUCAGCGGUGGUGGUGCACAAGAUGGUUUCCUCAAUGUGGCGGAUCAGUGGGGCAGUGAAUCGAGCUCUUACUAAAGCUGGUUACCCUCUUCUGCUGUCUCUGAGACGAGGACAGGCCUCUGUGUCAUAUGCUCAGAGCCUGCUAGGAGCUCCAGAAACACGGCUAAGUACUCUAAGCAAUGGCUUGAGGAUUGCCGCUGAAGAGACCAACCAAGCCACAUGCACGGUUGGCCUUUGGAUAGAUUGUGGGAGCAGAUAUGAGUCUGAGAAGAAUAAUGGAGCUGGAUUUUUCCUGGAGCAUAUGGCCUUUAAAGGCACAAAUAAGCACCCACAGUCCGCUCUUGAACAUGCAGUGGAGUCUAUGGGAGCUCACUUGAGUGCAUACACCUCACGGGAACGUACUGCUUACUACAUGAAGACCCUUGCCAAGGACUUGCCUAAAGCGGUGGAGCUCUUGGCAGAAGUAGUGCAGAGCUCAUCUUUGAGUGAGGCUGAUAUAGAGCAGCAGAGGGGUGUGGUGCUAAGAGAGCUGGAAGAGGUGCAAGGUAGCUUGCAGGAUGUUUGCCUGGAUCUGCUCCAUGCUACUGCCUUCCAGGGUACUCCUCUGGGCCAUAGUGUUCUUGGUCCCUCUGCCAAUGCCAGGAUACUAACUCGUAAUGAUUUAGUGGAAUACAUCAAUAGCCAUUAUAAAGCUCCUCGCAUGGUCCUGGCUACAGCUGGAGGAGUAAACCAUGAUGAGCUUGUGGCUCUGGCUAAGCAGCAUUUCAGUGGCGUUUCUUUUGAAUAUGAAGGUGAUGCUGUACCUGUUCUGUCCCCAUGCCGUUUCACUGGGAGUGAGAUUUGUAUGCGUGAUGAUGCAAUGCCUCUAGCACACAUUUCUAUUGCUGUAGAGGGAGCUGGAGCUGCAAGCCCUGAUAUUGUGCCACUUAUGGUUGCCAAUUCCAUCAUUGGUAGCUAUGACAUCACAUUUGGGGGUGGCAAGCACUUAAGCAGUCGCCUGGCUCGCCUGGCUGCAGAGCUGAACCUGUGUCACAGUUUCCAGGCUUUCCACUCUUCAUACAGUGACACUGGACUGCUGGGUAUUUAUUUUGUUACAGACAAACAUAAAAUAGAGGACAUGAUGCAUUGGGCUCAGAAUGCCUGGAUGAAUUUGUGCACCACAGUGACUGAGAGUGAUGUGGCUCGAGCCAAGAAUGCUUUGAAGGCUAGCUUAGUGGGACAGCUCAAUGGAACUACACCUGUUUGUGAUGACAUUGGCAGGCACAUACUAAAUUAUGGUCGCCGCAUCCCAUUGGCAGAGUGGGAUGCCAGAAUUGAGGCUGUGACUCCCAGGAUUGUCCGGGAUGUCUGCUCUAAAUACAUCUAUGACAAAUGCCCAGCUGUGUCUGCAGUUGGUCCAAUAGAGCAGCUGCCAGAUUAUAACAGAAUGAGAAGUGCUAUGUACUGGCUCCGAUUUUAAAUGUUCCUUGGGCUGUCAGCCCUCACUCAUGUGAUGUGUCCUUCAUUUUCGUACCCCUAUCUUGUAUGAAUUUGAUGAGUAGCAUAUUUGCCCAUUUGUUUUCGUAGCCAUCUUUCAAGCUCAGACGAAGAGAGAGGAGAAUUUGGUACAUUUACAUCUAGAAUGUCAGACAUGGCACAGAGCUAUGAAUAUAUGUGAUGUUUUAUUUGUCCAUUUUGUAUAUAGCAAUAGCUCUUAUUCCGACUUCAAAUAAAUCUGUCAUAAAUUCAAAUAAAAAAAGUUUUUUUUUUGUUUUUUAUUCAGUUUUUCCAGUAAACAGGAAAGGUAUGUUCAAGGAGCUGCUAAAAUGACAUUAAAAUGACAGCUGUUAAAAUAUUUUUUUUUCUUCCAAUUAAGGAUGCUUAGCUGUUCUUGCCAUUAUCAAAAUAAGCAGAGUAUAUACAUUUUAAUAUUCAAGUUGGUGAGUGUUCUGGGAAUAUCAAUUUAGUGAUUUUGUUAAAGGGACUUUAAGACUAUUGUGCAAACGAUGCCAUGUCCAUACAUUUAUUUAUUUUGUUAAUCACUUUAGGACAACCAUGAUAUUUGAUGCAACUGCUGUGACAGAAAUGGACCUAAUUGCAAUGAUGUUAUCAAAUAUUUGUGCAACUGCAGAUUAAACAUGAUCAGGAAAGCAAAAGCAAAAACUUUUAAGCCUCUAAAAAAUUUAUUUUGUUAAUUCUAAGCCUAAUUAAACAGUAAAUGCACAAGGUACUUUAAAAGUCAUGGAUUUUUAGAUCACCAGGGUGAUCUUGUCUAUGUUUUCCAGUUCUCCAGUUCAAAACAUACUACU